AUGUGGAAUAAACAAGAUUACCUUCCUUGUCUUCCUCAUCAAACAGAUAAAUGCAUUUAUGUUGGAUUUUUCCAUGAUGGUUACGUGAAUUGUCCGUAUCCUGGAUGCGUAGAUGAAAAUGAAUGUUCUCCUGAGGGAUUAGUAUCCAGCAAGAAGUCAAAUGGCAACGUUGUCCUCUUGAGUUCAUUGUCAACAUUGGCAGUUUUGUUUUGUGUUUUUAUAAUUGGGAUUUAUUUGUGCCGUAAAUAUAGUAAAUUAUGUUGGAAUCACCAAUUUGCCGUAGCUGAAACAAAUGAGGCCAAUGUGAAUCGCUCAGUGCUUAUAAGCGGGCCAGUUCCUACUUCUGUGGGAUCACAGUCGGGACCAUAUGCUACUUCAACUGCUCUUUCUACUGAAGAAAAUAAGGAUUUGCCUCCGUCAUAUGAAAGCUUAUUUCCAGAUAGAUAAAGGAGAAAAAGUAAUUCCGCCUACCUAGAGCUUAGCAGAAUUUGUCAAAAUGCAUAAUUUAAUUCUUAACAGGCAACCGCGGGUAUAUAAAAAUGGGCAUUUGAAGUGAUAUCAAGUUUUUGUAAUACCCUAAAAGUUGGAAUAGUAGGGAUUAUUUAAAUAUUGAUUAAAGGUGUUAUAUUCAUUAAAAAAAUGUUUUUUGUGAGAUAGUUUGAACUCCUUAGAUCGCAUACUUUAUCCUUUAAUGUUUACUCCAGACAUUUGCUAAAUUCACAAUUAUUAGUAAGGUUGUGUAUUUUAGCAUAUCAUGACAUUACAUUUUGUUGUCGUUUGUAGCCUAUCGCAAAAUUGGAUCUCUGUCUCUGUAGAUUAAUGCAUAUACCUCUUUAACUAUUAAACUUAACAGAGCAGAGACUCUUUUGCUUUCUGUUUCAAUGUUCUCAAUAUGCUGCUAAAAUCUUGUAUUGGAUCGAUUAAAGCCAUACCUCUUCAUAUUUUACAAAACGUUUCAUGGUCUUUUUCCGCAUUCCCUGCCUUUUUUAUUUCUCUUUUAAGAUUAGCUGUUUAAAACUUGCGACCAAAGUUAAGUUUGAAAUAAAUAAUAUAAAGUUAGAUGAGUUUAUUACGAUCAUGAAAUAUUAACAAAUUUAUGUUUUAUUUUAUUCAUUUUGAUCAUUGAAUGGCAUUAAACAACGCAUCAGACCUGUGAAUGUUAGUGAAAUGAGUUCAGAAGCCGAAUGAAACAAAAUUUUUAUUAUUCAACAAUUCCUUCCAACGAUGGCCAGUCCAAUGCAAUGUUGCAAAU